AACACCAGGAAGUUGUAUACAAACAAAGCUGACAGAUGCUGUAGCUGUUGACCAAAUUUGAAUGGAUCGCUCGCUAUCCCCGUGAAAGAGACGGGUUAGUCGCUCAUUUCAGACGCUAAACUACCGAAACAGCAAAGCGGAUUUUUUUUUUACUUUUUGCCUUGUAGCGUUGGCAGCGUGAAACAUUUAUCCGACUGUUGAGGAGCUAGCGUAAAUUAGCUACCCGAUUCGGCGUUUGAGGUUUAAACAAGGACACAAACAUCAUCGCUAAACACGUUAAACAUCUCUAAAUUACCGACACAUCCUCGCUUUAAAUACGACUGCAACUUUGCGUUUUGUUAUCGGAUUGCUUUUGUUGGACUGUAUAUUUUGGACAAGUGAAAGAGGGACGCCAGAUUUAGCAGGAUAACAACUAUGUCUACAUCCAACGCUAAUUUUAAAAACAAAUGUGUAAGCCAGGUGAACUGCAUCUUCUGCGACAGUCUGCUCUGCACAAGAGGGAUGAAAGCUGUACUUCUUGCAGACACCGAGGUUGAACUGUUUUCGACCGAUAUUCCUCCAAACAGAACUGUUGACUUUGUGGCCAGCUGCUACUCCACUGAAAGCUGUAAAUGCAAACUGCGAGACAUAGCCUGCCUCAAGUGUGGUAAUGUAGUGGGGUAUCACGUGGUGGCCCCCUGUAAGCCCUGCCUGCUCUCCUGUAAUAAUGGACACUUCUGGAUGUUCAACAGUGACGCCGUCUCCACCCUCAACAGACUGGAUUCAACAGGCCUUAACCUCCUCCUUUGGGGCGACCUCCCCGAGCUCGGCGACAGCGAGAAUGAGGAAUCAGAAACGCCGUCAGAGGAAGAGUGCAUCAGGUAAACAGGAAAUGGACAGAUGUGACUGAAACUUAAAGCACCAACCGCCAGGAAGAAGAAGAAAAUGAAAAGGAGGAGGAGGGGGAGACACAUGUACAAUAAAAACAUGCUUUAGCUGAGAGGGACGAGCCUUAAAGGAUAAUUCAACACUUAAAUACACCAAAUUUUUAUUUUAUUUAUACAGGGAGAUGCGAUGAGAGCGCUUAGACUCUUGCCCUGUUUAAAAUACACAAAAAAUGCAAACAAAAAACAAACAAAGCAAAUAAAUAUAUUUGUCCAUAUAAAACAAAACUUGUGAGAAGUUCUGGUCGACUUACUAAGAAUUAUUUUUAACCGAACUACACGAAAACUACCAUACUCAUAAUCCAUACAGUCUAAAAAUGAACUUGCGCGUUUAACCACAGCAAAACUCAACCUUGGAGUUUUAAAUACUACCUUGAGUAAUAGAUUUUCUUUACUAUGGACUAAUGCAACGAUAUCUCCAAUUUCUAGUCAUUUUAUUGCUGGGUUUCAGACGACAUCAACACAUCUAUAGGCCAAUAUUGUUAAAUACAGAUGGGGGCAGCUAAAAUAUUGUUAAAAUGCAGAUUUCUGUUGUAAUACCGUGAGUUCUAGGGUCUAAUCACUGAUUUAAAAUGAUCAGGCUCUAUAUUUGUGCGUUUUCUUUUGGGAUAUUUCAUGGCAAAAUACAAUGUAAUCAAUAGGAAAAUCCAGUUCUUGCUCUCCAGCUGAGUGUAGGACAUCGUCACAUUCGAGAAUAUGAAAACUUGCACCAGUACUACUUGAAAAAUAUCGAAAUGAAGCAAAAACCUCGACAGCCGAAUUUACCUCAAAUAUUUUGGUGCAAGUUCAGUGUAAAAUGUGUUUAUUAUACUUUGCUGGGCAGCUUCUUCCUGUAAGCUCGCACAAAUUGCUGGAUUGCCAAUUGCUGGUAAUUGUAAAUAACGGUGCCUAGAAAUCAUAUUAUUAUUAUUAUAUAAAUACAAACUUGAAUGUACAGCGACAAAGCUUGUUGCCAAAUCCUUAUCCAAGUUAAUUAUUUUAAGAGGUUACACCUAUUUCAAAGUGUUAUCUUGUUAGCGCAUAGUUCAGAAAAUCUUUGAUAAAAAUUACAAAAAGCGCUCGCACUCACCAGCUUACAGUGUGCACGUAAUAAUCUACACCAAGUUUAAUUUUACUUACUGGUUUCCAUGGAGAUUUUUUGCCUGGAAUAUUCCAAUGUGGCAUUAAACCCACCUGUCUUGUAUUUAUUCAGUUAACCCAGUUGUUUGCAAAAUUGAUGCUUUGAAGAGCCUGUGAGCAGAGUCGCCUCUCCACAGAUCUAACCCUGAUGGUGUCACCUGUCGAUGGGGAUGUUUUAUUGCUGUAUCUCGAAACACGCCAGGCAAAGCAAGAACAUCUCCCUGCCUCCGUUAGAAAGGUUACAUAGAGCGCCUUUUAAAGUUCAAUCAAAGUAAAACGACUUCCUCAAACAUAAAACAAAAUCAUGUCACGAGGCGGUUUUCCAGUUAUUGCGGAAUCGGUCAGUUUUCUCGGAUAUUGGCAUCGGUCCGAUAUUGAACAUUUUUCCGAUAUUUGUCACAGAGACUUUUUUUCCUGCAUUUUUUUUUGCUAUUUUAAGUCAAAAAUGAACUGAACUGUGUUGACUCUAUAGUUAUAAUCUAUGACACACAUGGAUCAUUGUUACAAUUUUCACAUUUUAAAUCUUAAUAUUCAUCUAAAACGACUUUAAUAAAAGAAACUAGUCCGCUGAUUUUCACGUUAGUUGCCGUAAACGUCAUCACAACAAAAAUGUGGAUAGCUGCACAUAACAGUAGCGAACAGUGGAUUUUUAUUUUUUUUUUUCUCCAUUUGCACCAAAAUGACUACGUAACACUGCCUAAUCUUAUCCCUGUCAUCGAUUUAAGUAAAUAAAAUUGAAGAACAAAGUAAGUACAGAGCAGUGGCGGUAAAAAACAAGGGUUGAUCAGCAAAAUGGCGUCUUGAAAAUAAACGAUUAAAGAUUGCUCAAACGUGAAUCACUCCAAUCAGAGAGUAAAUGAGAAGGAAACAACUACAACAUGAUUAAAAACUCUGAAAAGUUUAAAAGUGCUUUAACAUAAAUGUGUCGUCCUUGCUCGGAUUUUAAAAGCUUGAUAUUGGUUAUACAAGUGUCGCAUACCGGUAUCAGCUCAAAAAAAUUGGACGGCACUAUCCCUUUUAAGUGUUGAAUUACCCUUUACUUCAUGUUUAUGGCCUUCUUCAUCAUCACCAUCGUCAUCAUCACUGUUAAAAGCACAGAAAUCCUCUCCGCUCCCAUCCUCUCUGCUGUUUUUUGUAUCUCUGCGUCCGGACUUAACAAAACGAGGCUCAACCCAAAACCACUCUGGAUACUGCUGUUUCCAAUCAUACCGGGAGGUCUACAAGUGAAUGCUUUCUCUCUGCUGCUUUAGUCUAGUCCUUUUCCAACAAAAAUAUAUAAAUAUAUAUAUUAACAAUUAACACAACUUUUUAAUAUUUCUACAGUAACCUCUCUGUACUAUUAAUAUUAAGACUUCCAUUGACAUAAGGCUUAAUACGUGAUCUAUAUAUGGUCUACUAUAUAUUUUCGGUGUGCCUGAUUGCAGACUGACAGUUUGUGUGUUUUUUGAAUUUUGUGAAUGGGGAAAAAGUAGCACAAAUAUUUAUGAAUUAUAAUUUUAAGGGCAUAUAUGAUAGAGUAAACUAUAACAAGAUGCUGUACUACUGGUGAUUUUUGAUACUAAUAGAGAUUGGUUCAUUGUUGACAACUCACCGAAGAAUCCGAUAACCCGUACUAAUGCUAACGAUGUAUGGUUAAUUUGAAUGGGAAUUGAUUUUCUAAUACUAAACUAAUGUAGUAUUAAGAAAACGUGGAACUGUUAAUCUACUAAUGACUAACGCAGGUGCAAAGUGUGUAUCGAGUUGUAUGUAGCAGCUUAACUGUAGCACCACACGAGACAAAACACCAAAACGAAUCCUAAUAUUUAAUUUUUGGGGCACAAAUUGGCGGAAAUGCAGACACAUUUUAUGAAAAUUAUAAUAUUUAUUUAUUUAUUUAAAGGGCCCAUAUUAUACUGUUUUCUGAUCUGUUAUAAUGUUGUUUCCUCCUCAAAAACAUACCCAGAUUUGUGUUUUGUUUCAUUCACACAGGUUUAAUGCACAAACCCUGCAGAGUUUUUCUCUCAAACAGAAAAAAAACACCUCGUUCCACCUUGUGAUGUCAUGUGGUAAAACAGGAAGUGCUCAACUGUGUUUUUAAAUUCCAUACAAAUUCACUAGUUGGAUGAUUUCAGCUCUGGAAUUGCUGAUCUCGACUGAACUAAAGGUAAACGGUAGCUGUUAACUUGAAAACUAACACUUCAUGACAUCACAAGGUGGAACGGAGCAUUUUAAGCUUUGGAGAUGUAAACAGGCUAAUAAUAGAGUUGCUCAAACGUGUGAAUGAAACAAAACACAACACAUAGGUCUGUUUUUGAGGAGGUAACAACAUAACAUGGCUUAAAACUCAUAAGAAUCCAUUUUGUGUAAUAUAGGACUUUUAAACGUACACAAGGCCAAGUAUAGCGUAUCAAGCUAGCAUUAGUAUAAAUUUAUAUUGGUUGGCUUGUAACGCUUUAGCCUUAUUUCCUGCGUUUUACUUACAGGACUGCUACACUGGUCUUUGUAUUAAAAUAAUAUCUGAAUUAAAAUAUGUUCAUUCAGCACAUUUCCAAAAUGAUACACAUUUAAUGACAUUACUUUUGUAGUUACUGAUCUUAAAGAUGACAGAACUGUCUUAUUUUGAAAGACCAAAACCCUAGCGCUGCAUUGACACACACAAACAAUGCAUGAUGGGUAAUUUCAAUGUUAUGUUGUUUAUGACGCUGUUAACCACUAACUGGCCUUUUAGCAGCCACAAGUGCAUACACCACUGUAAAACACAAGUCAAUGUUAGCAGUUAGCGUCCUUAAGCUAACCGCUAUCUGUACAAUUAGCUAUACGAGAAUUGCCUUGAUUAUAGACUUAAGUUAAGUUGUGGUCCACAUUUUCAAAUACCCUUUACUCACCUGCUACACUUGCACACCAAAUAUUUAAUGUGUACUUACAAUGACUAGUAUUUAUUAAAAUCACAAACCAAAUAUAGAAAUGAUGAUGAUAAUAAUAUAAUUUACUUUUGUUUACGGACUUUGUUUACAGAUGCUGUUUGUUUUUAUGUAUUUAAUAUUGCAUUUGUGACUUUUGUUCAUACGAAACGACUGGGGUAACCUGAAGCGUCCUCUGGCUAGGAUAAUGUAACGGUCGUAACUGGUGUGAUUCAGAUGAACAGGCCCGUUUAAAGAUGUAUAUUUUGAAAUUGCACUGAAACUGAAUUGUUAGUUUGAAAGAAAUGAUUUGUUUUGUAUGCUUGGUAAAUUAAUAAACUGUUUUUGUUUUUUUUCUUGGACUUUG